UCGACACUACCGCAGAGCAGAGUUACGCCGGCGUGAUGGGAGGAGACCAGAGGAAGGGAGGAAAAACUAGCGGCAUUGCUCACCUGGGACCUGAGAUGCUCCCAUGAGUUUUCAAAGUGCUGGGCUCCUUACGGCAAAGACACCAUUUUAAAAAGUAGUAUUCUUUUGAUUUUGCCCUUAAAUAAGGGUUCUGCGACAUUUACAGCCGCUCUGUUCAAAAGACAGCGGAUUUGAUUGCAAUAAGCUUUCAAAACCGGGAAUUUACAUUGUUUUUCGGUGAACUGGUUUCCAGGACAAGGACUCAUCUGCACCCGCCCAAAUACCAUGGCACUGCUUGCGCCCUUUGCCACCGGAUCCUUUUCUUCCAAUGAGACUUUCUGAUUGUAUCUACCAACUCUCCUAUUAGGAAACCCGUGGGUUGCAUGCGGCUAUUCUGUUGUAUUCUCAUUCUCACUCUCCCUCCCCUCUCUCACUCGCACUCUUGCUGGAGGCACACCAAUACCGUUCCGCUGAGAAGAAAAAGCCCACAACUACCUUAAGCGAUUAAGGCAAUAUGCGCAACCCUCGCCUUUCAUAGUACUCGCUAUUUAAACCUGGCAAAAGCGGACACCAGUCUUUGCAAGAAUGGAGUCGGUAAAACAAAGGAUUUUGGCUCCAGGAAAAGAGGGGCUAAAGAAUUUUGCUGGAAAAUCCCUUGGUCAGAUCUACAGGGUGCUGGAGAAGAAACAGGAGACAGGGGAGACCAUCGAGCUGACGGAGGAUGGGAAGCCUCUAGAGGUGCCUGAGAAGAAGGCGCCCCUGUGCGACUGCACGUGCUUCGGCCUGCCGCGCCGCUACAUCAUCGCCAUCAUGAGCGGCCUGGGCUUCUGCAUCUCCUUUGGCAUUCGCUGCAACUUGGGCGUGGCCAUCGUGGACAUGGUCAACAACAGCACCAUCCACCGCGGGGGCAAAGUCAUCAAGGAGAAAGCCAAAUUCAACUGGGACCCAGAAACCGUGGGAAUGAUCCACGGUUCCUUCUUUUGGGGCUACAUUAUCACCCAGAUUCCGGGCGGAUACAUCGCGUCUCGGUUGGCAGCCAACAGGGUUUUUGGAGCUGCCAUACUUCUUACCUCUACCCUAAAUAUGCUAAUCCCGUCAGCAGCCAGAGUGCAUUAUGGAUGUGUUAUCUUUGUUAGAAUAUUGCAGGGACUUGUUGAGGGUGUCACCUAUCCAGCGUGUCAUGGGAUAUGGAGCAAAUGGGCCCCUCCUCUGGAGAGGAGCAGACUGGCCACCACCUCCUUUUGUGGUUCCUAUGCUGGGGCUGUAAUUGCAAUGCCUUUAGCUGGUAUUCUUGUACAGUACACUGGCUGGUCUUCAGUAUUUUAUGUCUAUGGAAGUUUUGGAAUGGUCUGGUACAUGUUUUGGCUUUUGGUGUCUUAUGAGAGCCCUGCAAAACAUCCUACCAUUACAGAUGAAGAACGUAGGUACAUAGAAGAAAGCAUUGGAGAGAGUGCAAAUCUUUUAGGUGCAAUGGAAAAAUUCAAGACUCCAUGGAGGAAAUUUUUUACAUCUAUGCCAGUCUAUGCAAUAAUCGUUGCAAACUUCUGCAGAAGCUGGACUUUUUAUUUAUUGCUUAUUAGUCAGCCAGCAUAUUUUGAAGAAGUCUUUGGAUUUGAAAUCAGCAAGGUUGGCAUGCUCUCUGCUGUGCCACACUUAGUCAUGACAAUUAUUGUGCCUAUUGGAGGACAAAUUGCAGAUUUUCUAAGAAGCAAGCAAAUUCUUUCAACAACUACAGUGAGAAAGAUUAUGAACUGUGGUGGUUUUGGCAUGGAAGCCACAUUGCUUCUGGUUGUCGGCUAUUCUCAUACUAGAGGUGUAGCCAUCUCAUUCUUGGUACUUGCAGUGGGGUUUAGCGGAUUUGCUAUAUCUGGCUUCAAUGUCAACCACUUGGAUAUUGCUCCAAGAUAUGCCAGUAUCUUAAUGGGCAUUUCGAAUGGUGUUGGCACAUUGUCAGGAAUGGUUUGCCCUAUCAUUGUUGGUGCAAUGACAAAGAAUAAGUCACGUGAAGAGUGGCAGUAUGUCUUCCUGAUUGCUGCCCUUGUGCACUAUGGUGGAGUUAUAUUUUAUGCAAUAUUUGCCUCAGGAGAGAAACAACCCUGGGCAGACCCUGAGGAAACAAGUGAAGAAAAAUGUGGAUUUAUCCAUGAAGAUGAACUUGAUGAAGAAACAGGGGACAUUACUCAGAAUUAUAUAAAUUAUGGUACCACCAAGUCUUAUGGAGCCACAACACAGGCCAAUGGAGGUUGGCCUAGUGGUUGGGAAAAGAAAGAGGAAUUUGUACAAGAAGAAGUACAAAACUCGUAUACCUAUAAGGACCGAGAUGAUUAUUCAUAACAAAACUACUUGCUGGAUUUAUUUUUAGUGUUUGUGAUUAAAUUGAUUGUGAUUGCACAAAAAAUUAAAAACGUGGUGUAAACAUGUAAACAUAUCAACAAGGCAAAUCUUGCUGUAAAAAUGAAAUCAGACAAAUUCAUGAAAUUAUCAUCAAGUGCAAUCUGUAGAAAUUGUGAAGUUACAUCAUUUCCAUUCUGGUCCUCCAUUCUUGUGUUUGUGAUUUAGGGUUUCACUAUAGAAACAAGUAGUAUUCAUUGAAUUCAUAUACGCUAGAACUCAUCACCAUUUAAUAAAGCACAACUAAAACAGUUGGCACAUCUCAUCCUACAAAAGUUAGGAAGCCAAAGCUACUUGAUCAUGCAAAAUGCACUUAAAUAUUUGUUACUCUGUACUGCAAGAUAUCAUAGAGAAAGUUCUGUUUAAAAAAAAAUGAAACUGUCAAAUUGACUGCUUCAGAAAUUGACAAAAUUAAUUACGUGUAAAUUAUUGAAGAAGUAUAUUAUGUACUAGUAACUAGCAAGUUGAACUGAACAAUUAUUAGAAUUGCAUAAUGUGGAAUAUUUUGUGAUCCUCAAAGGGAAUAGUAUCUUGCAGUGUUUUAUAUGAAAUGCUUGGGCACAAACACUUAUUUUUGUGAAAGAAAAACUUGUAAAGUGAGGGGUAUGCUUCAUGUUCUUCCAUUCAUUACCUAACAGUAUAAAACACUUCACAUUUCAAUAAAAUUCAACUUUUCAUGUAGCAUAUCACAUAACUUUUUUGCAAAAAAAUAUGAAAAGAAAUAGACUUCAAUGUAUUUUUUAUUACAACUUUGUACUGGUUGUAACUUGCAUUAGGGAAAAAAUAUAUACACCAUAAAGAAUCUAUUAAUGAAUUUACUAUGAAGGUAUAGCCCUUAUAAUGCAAUAUUAACAACAAAAGGAAUAGAAAAUGUUUUAGAUAUCCCUAUUAAUAAUUAAAUACUAUAUGACACUUGUGCCACAGAGCUAUAUGUAAUAAGAAAAAAUAAACUUAAUAGAGAUAUUGUAAGUAGACAAUUUUAUUAUUUAAAUUCCCAUCUAAGAGAUAUUUGUCUUAAAUAUAUAGGACAACAAAUUAUAUUAAAAUUAUAUCUCUAUAUAUAUAUAUCUAUAUAUCUUAUACAUAUCCAUACACACAGAAACAUUAUAAAAAAUUGUCACACAAAACCAAAAAUAGCAUACACCUAAUGUUGGGUUAGGGAAUUGCAAUUUCUACUUUCAUAGAGUCGUAGAAUUUUAGAUGGGGAAGAGGCAUUUUGCUUGCCAUUUCUUAAUAUAACUCAACAGGAAUUGCAACAUUUGUGUACCAAGCAAUAAGUGCAAUGCAUAAAAUUUCCUCUCUCUAUAUUAUCUUCAUUUUGCUUGUGGUAGCUUUUUGGAUGGUUGGAAUGAUUUUUUUCUUUUAAAAAAGUUAACAUCAGAUCUCUUUAUAAUGUUCUAAAAUAAUAAUAAUGCAUUUCUUCAUUCAACUCCAAAUAUUGUUGUAUUUAAUUGUCUAUUCUGGAUAUUUGAUCUGUUCAUUGUAUUGUGCUAGUGACUGGAGGCCCUGCUACUGCAAAUAUAAACCAUAAAGUUUGUUUCAAAAAUGCAAACCAUUCUUGACCUUAAGAAAAUAAAAGUACCUUUUGCUUUGUGUCUCAAAGUGAUGUAAUGUGAUCAUAGUUUUUGUUGUGAUGAAUAAAAAAAGCAUAAACUCUCAUUUUGUUGCAUAAAAAAAGUGUUAAUAAAAUGCUCUAU